AUGCGAUGGGGUUGCGUGUUGUUGUUGGAUGAAGCUGAUGUCUUCCUUGGGGAGCGCAUACAGGGAAAUAUUGUCCAGAAUAGUUUGGUUUCAGUCUUUCUACGGGUGCUGGAAUAUUACUCUGGCGUCCUGAUUCUAACCACAAACCGCGUGGGACAAUUCGACGAGGCCGCCACGUCCCGGAUUCACUGCGCCUUGUACUACCCUCCCUUCAGCAAAAGGAGAGCCCUCGAAGUGUGGCAGAAGAACGUAGACCGACUUAAGCGCGAUAAUGAAACCUCCAAGGUCCCGAUUGAGCUGAACGAAAAGAGGAUAAUGAAAUUUGCGGAGGCACAAUGGGAAGCCGGGAGUCGGUGGAAUGGCCGCCAGAUCAAGAACGCAUUCCAGACUGCCGUGGCACUGGCAGAUUGGGACAGCCUGAAGAAACCCAAGGACGGGCCAUCGGCGCCAAAGCUGCGGACAAAACACUUCCAAGCUGUUGUCAAGACCAGCAACCAUUUUGAGUCGUAUCUGACUCAGGUGCGAAGGUCGGAUCCUGAGCGUGCGAAGAUGCACGGCCUGCGGCGGGACGAUCUCAAGCAAACCCGGGCGUCAAAGAAAAGAUCUCCACCAAAGUGGCCAGGCGCGGAGGAGUCUGACAGUUCCAUGGUGAAGAGGAGGAAGAGGGGCGCACUGAGAGUGAUAGCGAGAGUGACAGUGAGAGCAAGAGCGAAAGCGAGCCGGAACCACCCAAGAAGAAAAGGUCGAAGAAGAGCAAGGCAAAAAGUGAAGGCGAAGGGGAAGGUCAAGACAAAGGAAAAGAGCAAGAAGGAUUCCCAGUCCAAGAAGUCGUCUUCCAAGUCCAAGAAGGCGCCGGAACCAUCAGAGUCUAGUUCAUCAGAGAGCGAUGGUGAAGAGAGCGGAGAUAAGUAG